AAGUCAUUGGCCAAACCUCGUUCUGGCCUCUUUUUCAAUGGAACAGCAACAGCGGCGCGAGAAUAACAAUAACCUCUUUGGCGAUAGCAUUACACUCAACCAGGGCGAUGUUCACAGCUACUGGCACAACACCCAGGAAGAAGAAAAGGCAAGGUGCCUGUCGGGCUUACGCAUAACGGACCCCUGCCAUGAUAAAAUUCCCAUCGAGAGUACAAAGGGCGGCUUACUGGAAGAUUCAUACACCUGGAUCUUCGAACAUGAUGAUUUUCAACAAUGGCGCGAUAACGAAGAUUGCCGUCUGCUCUGGAUUCAAGGCGAUCCCGGCAAGGGCAAGACUAUGUUGCUCUGUGGAAUCAUAAAUAAACUGUGGGAUCAACGCAAUGCUAAGACGUUGGUUUUUUAUUUCUUCUGCCAGGCCACCGACCCGCGCAUUAACAGUGCGACUGUUGUGCUUCGGGGCCUGAUCUAUUUAGCUAUAGACAAGCAGCCAGAGCUUAUCUCUCAUAUACAAAAUAAAUAUAGGCACGGAAAGAAGACUAUUUUUGAAGAUAUAAAUGCCUGGACUGCACUGUCGGAAAUUUUCUCAAAUAUACUUAACGAUACAAGAUUGGAGCGCAGUUUUAUUAUUAUUGAUGCACUCGAUGAAUAUGUCACAGAUUUACGGAACCCCCUUGAUUUAUUACUACGAAAUCUGCUCUAUUUCCCCACGUCAAGUUGAUAGUAUCAAGUCGAAAUUGGCCAGAGAUCGAAGAAAGUAUAGGCCCUUCUACAAAUCAGC